AUGUCGUUCAAGCAGCUCCCCAAGGCCGUCAAGGAGCUCCGUCUCCACCUGUGCCAGAACUCGGCCGCGUCCGCGGGUGUGCGGGAAUUCAUCAAGUCGUCGUUCCCCGCGCUCAAGUCGUCCAACCCCGACGUCAAGGUGCUCGUCCGUGAGGCGCAGGGUGUCGCGCCGCGCGCGUUUGUCCGCUUUGACCGCGGCGUCGAGGCGCAGGCCGGCCUUGAGAACCUCUCUGAAAAGGACGUCGCUUCCGCGCUCAACAAGCUCGCUAGCCAGUAG